CCCCUUGUUUUUCGUCGUGCGUGGUCGGAGCGUUGAGUAUGGAAGCGUUGUGAUUAUGGUACCGGCUGGUACACGCCCGGAAAAAGGCCAGUGUGCAUCGAGCGUAAACAAAGCCCGAGUGUGGUGCGAACCGCUUUCCCCGUGAACCGUGAAUAUUGCUCCAGCUGGCGUGAGAGAAUCCUGCAUGUAAUCCUUGGAGAAGGCAGCAGGAAAAACGUAUACACAAGUUAGUACGGAUGCCCACGGGCAGGUCAUCCUUUAAAGGGAUGCGAUGAAAACUGUUGCCGAGAAAGCUACUCUAGCUCAAGCGCCGUCUCGGUUGAGCGCAUGGAAAUAAGUACGCUCGUCGGCCCGCAUACAAGCCAUGAUCCAUCGGUUGUUGCUUUGUGCAGGUGCUAGUGAACCAAAAACGCCAUCCCGUUUGAGUUGCAGUGUGCGUGCGUGUGUGUGAGUUUCUAUGCUAGUGUUGUGCAUUCAUCCACAUAAAAAAAGAAGCUUGUUGAUCAAGUAAAACUGAUUGCAAAUCCCUGCGAAACACAUUUGCUGCUGCUAGUUGUUGUGUGGUAAAAAGUGCACACUAACACUCCUCCCCGGGGACAUUCGGAACGGUGCUGCAUUUCAUAACUCCACCAUUCCUGCCUCCCUAUCGCCACCCAUCCAUCCCUUCAUUGUUUACGGCUUUCAAUGGUGAACCUCGUCGAGCAGACAGGCACAGACACGACGACGACGACGACGACGAGGACGAAGCCACGAUCACCAUCGCCACCGGCCGAACCGGCGACAGAUGUGAGCAACCUCCAAGCGAGCCUCUUUCCCUCGACUGUGCCAACGGUGGCCGAGGCGAACGCAGCCGACAGCCGGUUCCCACUGUUUCUGGACCAGCCGGCAAGCUCCAGCGCACCGGAUUCGGACAACGACGAUCGCAUACCCACCAACGACCCGGCCGGUGAUGAUGGUGACGAUGAUGAUGAUGAUCAGAGCGGCAAACGGACGUACCAAGACAGUGCACUAGAUAGGCCGCGAGAGACGCGCCGCGUUCGAUCGGCCAUUUCGCCCGUGUUUCUUAACGGGGCGGUAAAAAAACGCUGCCUACGCCCGCCACAAGCAACGAACGCAUUGGCCAGUGAGCCACUGCUGGUGCAGUCCGACGAAGAGCCAGCCCAGGCGGGCUGUGAAGUGAACGGUGUUGACCGCGAGCCGCACCACGACAUGACAUCGACCGUUGCUGCCGUGACAGCGGCCGCCAAUAAAGCCGUCGCCGCACUGAUGCAGUACCGGCAGCAGCAACAGCAGCAGCAACAGCAGCAAUCACAACAAGCAUCAUCCACAAAUCAGAUGGUCCAGGGGAUGGGACCGUUUCCGGGCACGCCCGGGUUUCCACCGGGCGCCGCACAAACCGUCAGCACCGACAGUCUGUCCGUGCAGGUCGUCAAGGGUGCCACCGGAGCCGGCGGUGCUGGUAGUGCCGGAGGUGGUGGUGGUGGUGGUGGCGGUGGCGGCGGAGGAGGUGGAGCCGGCGCGUUAGAUCAACACUCGCUCAGCACGCUCAAGCAGCAGCAGGACCAUCUUACGCAGCAACAGCAGCAGCAGCAUCAGCAGCACGCAGCGGUGGCCGCGGCCGCCGCCGCAGCAGCAGCCGCCGCCGCCCAGAUGAAUGCAGCCGCCACGACGCAAACGUUGCGAAAUUCCGUCAGUCAAUUCAGCCCCUCGUCAGUAUUGGGCGCCCCGCCAGCCACUUCGAUAGCGGUUUCGCUGCCCCUAUCGCUGCCCUCCACGAUGGCGAGUGGGGCCGGCUCGGCGGGCAAUGGUGUCGGAGCUGCGGCCGCCGCCGCCGGUAUGGCCGCCGUCAUGAACGCCAACGGUGGAUCACCGGGCGUCCCCACCAACGUCAACGCCAGCAGCAACGGGGGCGGCGCGGUGUCGGGUGGAGCCGGCGCUGGUGUCAACGGGAACCCGGCAGGCAGUGGUCCCAACGGUACCGUGGCGCUUUCGAACGGGAUUGAUCAACAGACUGUCAACAUGUCCGAGCUAAUGCAGCAAUCGGAGCAGGAAACAUCCAACAACGUAUCAAGUGCCAACACUGUGGACGCCGCCUCCUCGGUACUGAGCAGCGUCAGCAGCAACAACAGCAGCGGUGUCGCCAACCAAACGAAUGCCGCCAUCGCCAUCGCCGCCGCCGCCGCCGCCGCAGUCAAUUCGAUAAGCAGCAACACCAGCCCGAACAGUGCGAUCAACACGAGCAAUAGCGGCAACAACGGCAGCACGGUGAACGGCAGCAGUAGCGGCGGCAGCAUCGGCAGCAGUAUGGUCGUGACCGCUGCCGGACCGAUCGGCGCCGGCACUACGACCGUCGUGUCGGCCAUCCCACCCACCAUGACCUCUUCCGCGUCUGCGGUGGCGCUCGCCCAGCAGCAGCUUCACCAGCAGACGCUCCAAGCUCAACUGCAACAGCAGCAGCAGCAGCAGCAGCAGCAACUCAAUGGCCAACAAACGAACCAGCAGCAGCAGCAGGUGGUUGUCAGCAGUCAGCAGCAGUCACAGAGCGUGGCGGCGGCCGUCGCAGCACUGACCGACUCGAAAUCUCAACCAAAGCGACUACACGUGUCCAACAUACCCUUUCGCUUCCGCGAUCCGGACCUUCGAACAAUGUUCGGCCAAUUCGGCUCCAUACUAGACGUAGAGAUUAUCUUUAAUGAACGUGGCAGCAAGGGAUUCGGUUUUGUAACAUUCGCUAAUAGUAGCGAUGCGGAGCGAGCACGCGAACGUCUUCACGGCACUGUGGUUGAGGGACGCAAGAUUGAGGUCAAUAAUGCAACCGCACGAGUUCAAAGUAAAAAAGCUCCUGCUGUAUCAAGCGUGUUUCUGACGAAACAAGGCGCCGUCUCGGCCCCGUCACUGGCAGCCGUCUGCGUCCCGUGGCCCGAAGCAGGCAUACCGGCCCAUCCCGCACUGCUCCAUCAUCAGGCGCUCGCGCAGCAUCUUUCGCAUCACACACUGUCCCUACCGCACCAUCUACACCACCAGCAACAGCAACAGCAGCAGCAGCAGCGACAUCCGGCGCUUGCCCUUCAUCUACCUCACCAAGGAGCGCCCCAGCUGACGCCCCACCCGAUGGCAUCGGUGAUCGCCGGGCUGGCCAGAAACGCGGCAACCCCGGCGAGACAUCCAUCGCUCGCCAACCUGCCCGGGCUGGCGAACGGCACGAACGCACCCGGUUCUACCGGUAGUGGGGGAGCCACGAGCGCAACCGGAAACCCCAGCGCUGCUGGUGCUGGUGCUGGUGGUGCUGCGGCUACCGGAAACAUAGGUCCAGCCGGAUUGCUUUCCACCCACCCGGCAGCAGGAGCAGCAGCAGCAGCAACGUACGCCCAGCUGAAUGGUGCCGCUGCCGCCGCCUACCAGUCUGUGUACUUCGACCCGUAUCUGGCAGCAGCAACAGCGGAUCCCAACUAUCGCCUGCAGGCUGCUAAACCGGUGACGGAGGUUCAAGCACAACCUACCAUUUUGAACGCUGCUGCGCCGCUGCUGAAAACGCCACUGUCGCAAGCGCAGGCUCAGGCGCAGGCUUACUCCGCCGCCAGCUAUACGGCUGCAGCGGCACGGGCUGCCUAUGGGGCGGCCGCUGCUGCAGCGCAACCCACCGUGGCCGGCUACACCACCGUCGCUGGUUACGGACGUGCGGAGUAUCCCGAUCCAUACCUGGGACACGGUAUCGGACCCGUUCCUGGCUAUGCGGCAACAAUGUACCGAGGAGGAUACAACCGUUUUGCGCCAUACUAAGGUGCCCGCUGGCACCACUUACGCAUACAUAGACACACACCCACACAGCUUCCUUACUGGCUUCAUGUAUGCAGCAGUUAAACGGAAAACAACAAAAAACCAACAAAAGAGCCAAAGCAAAAGGCGUGCGUGCUUCGUAAGCUUGAAAACGUGCGCUCCAACCCCCCACCCAACCCAAAUGCCCCACGGACAAGCGUUUGUUUGGAGGAAGAGAAGCUUCCUCCCCCCCUGUACACGAAAGCUAGUUGGAAAGGACAUCGAGGAUAGCAGCCCCCCUCAUCAACGCUUCCCUUCAUUUUCUCGGGUUGAUGUACAAAAGGACAAAAUUGGAAGUCGCUCUCUCUCCCUCUCAUCCACUUUGAGUUUGAUGAUUUCGUUGGAGUAGCUCCAUCUGCACAAUCAGACCGAACGACGACGUGUUUAAACUACAAGUUUCAUUGAUUUUGCCUCCUUCACUAUCCAUUUUUGGAACGUAGUAAGGAGAGAGGAAGUUGAAGGCAAAAAACGCACAACAAAACUCCAAAUGCAGCUAGCGGGGAGCGCAAAAGAAACAAACAAAAAGUAACAUCGAAACCAAAGCACAACAAUGGGAAGGUUUACGUAAGUAGUGGCCCCGUGCCCCGCUUUCCUUCUCCGUUUCAGGGAGAAACUAAUGCACGCACAGAAACAAACACACAUAAGCAUAAGCAUAAGCAAGGUGUAUCAUGAAGAACAUCCGCAAGAAAAGAACAAAAACCGCGUCUUCCCCAUUUGCGCAAACCGCGCAAGCCCUUGAAAAAGGUAUGCGCGCGCAUCAGUGCGGGCGUUCAGGAAGAGUGAGGUGUGUGAAGGAGGAGGAGGAUGUGUGACUCAAAACUAUGCGAUUAGUGAUUACAGUGUGUGUGCGUUUUUGUUUUUUUCGUCUAUAAUGUGUGUAUUUUGUAAGCAGUUAGUUUAGUAGUAAUAUUCGGUAUUGUUGUUUUGUUUACGCUUUUCUUUUCGUCGUCGUGCGUGCGUGCGUGUCCUCUUUGAAAGCAGUAGGAUUAGUUUACCCCUCUCUCUUGUGGGUAUAUACAGAUACUAUGUUUCGUUUCGUUUUUCUUUUCCUUUGAAAUAUCGAGCUUCUGUCUCCAUUUUCUUUCCUUUUUUUUUUGGUCGCUGGAGUUAUAGUUACUCUCGCGUAAAGGCAGCUCUCUAAAAAAUGUGCAACCAAAAUGGCAAAAGAAACCCCCCAAUCGCCAUUGCAAAAACGAAAAAUCGUUCGAAUAAUCUCACAGAUCGCUUUCUUUUUUUUUGCUGAUAUUUUGAAACACCAAAGAAAUGUGGCAACAAAUGCACACACACACAAGCACAAAUAUUAGUCGGCAAAGUGGCGCUUAUUAGUCCACACAAAUAUUAUCUCAAAACCAAGAAUCUCCUUUGAAUAUCUCUUUCUGUUGUUCUAACGAUGGUUUAUAUUAUAUUCGUCUUGUAUAGCCGGCAAGGUUUUGCCUCACUUUAAUUAAGUAACUGUGUGUUUAUGUGCUUUUUCCGUAUGAGUGUGCUUCUUUUCUACUUUUUUCUCUCGCUAAACUCUCUUUAGUUUACAAGUUUCGCUUGUAACUUUGAAGUGACGCUAAAAAAACGCUUCUAGUAAUACUCUGUUCGGCGUCAUAAAGGUUAGGUCGUGAGUUUCCUCAAUUUACAAACACACACACAGGAAGAUAAAGUUUAGCUGUAAAAAAAAAAGAAGCUCAAUUUCUACAAGAAAAACAAAAAACAAACUUCUCAAUCGAGUCAUCGACUCGCCUCCAACGAGAAUUAAGGGAAUACAGAUCCUCACGCACAACUACUAGUUCUCGUCGGUUCCUUUCCUCUUCGGUUUUCCGAUAGUUAUUACUGUGUGCUAGCAAUACACAAAAGGAAACAUGUGAUAAUGAGUACACCUGCCGCUUCCCCCCAAUACCAAUAUCGACACAUCUUCCGUAUUUAUUCUUCCAAUGAAAAAACUGAAAAAAAAAAACAAGCAAAACCGCGCACAAUAGAACAAAAUGAUAUCAUCACGCACAGUAUACGUAGAACUUUGUUGUUUGCCUUUAGUAAUAUUAUAAAUGUCCUGUAGUUUUGAUUGUGUUUUCCCCAACCCCCAACCCCUCAAAACCAAUCACCUCGUUUUUUGCGCACCCAAAAACUCUAAGAUUAGAGUUGUUAGCUCUCGGUUGGCUUCCGAAAAUGUGCAAGUCUUGUGACACAUGUCUUGCGCAUUUUGUGGACAAUACGCUUGCGAUACGCGUGUAAGAGUAAUGAAACGAGUCCUCCAGAACUAGUGUAGCCAUAGGUCCUUUACCAAAAAACAACUCAAAUUGUCGUCCGUACUACGACGAACGAUCACGAAUCAAGCGCUCAAGUGAACCGUUUAGUCAAACCUUUUGUGCAAAGGUGUGAUGCAGAUGCUCCUUUAACUACACAAAACACACGCGCGUAUCUAGAUAUAUGUGAAUGGCAGAAGGAAAGCAGGAACAACACACGAUGUAGAGAUACUUUAGUGUUGCCCCCCCCCUCGUACCCGUUGUAGCGUUGUAAGCGAAGGCGUGAAUCCCAAAGUUGUAGAAAAGCAAAAGGCUCAUUAACUCAAGCAGGAGAAAGCAAAGCGAAUGUAAAGGGUAUGAUAAUGAGAUGGUGUAGCGAAGGAAAGCAGCCGAAGUGGUGUAAUUUGGACAGAAAUCUGUCGUUUCUAAGAAACCCCAAAACCGCGCCAAUUCAAUGUAACACGCAAAGGAGUAGAGAGUAUAGUAUAUACAUACGAAGCUGUAUAUGUAAAAGAAAACCCCUCCCCUGCCCAAAAUUUCCCUUGCUCCCCCCCCCCCCCUUUUUACGCACUCAUUUUCUGUGACUGUUUUGCAGGGAGCCAAAAAUGUCAAUGUGGUGUGUUUUUGUGUUUUGUUUGUGAAACUUCACUACCAAGCAGUGAAGGCGGCAUUCACAGUAUAAUUCAAAACACACACACGCGUGCACACAGAAAGAAUAGAGAAUCCAAAGCCAUUCAACGCGCCCCUUUUAGUGUAUUAGAGAGAGACAGCGAAGAGCGAUACCGUAUAUGAUAGUAAAGACUCUUUUUUGUGAAAGAGAAUGGGACGAAACGAAAAAAGGGGAAAGAAAACAUGCAAGAAAAGUAAAGCACAAAGUAAACAAAACACACAACAAAAGGAGGAAAAAAGAAGUAAAGAAAAAGGAAGCAAAACAAAACGCCGAAACGAGAAGAAGAAAAACCGAGUUCGAGAGCAAACAAAACAAAGCAAAACAAAACAAAACAAAGCACACUGAAACAAAUAUUGUCAAACAGCGUCUCUUAAAGGUGAACGCAGGCCAUAUUAAUCAUUAGUCGGCAGGCGACAAAACAGCACACCAUGCAUCUCGGCGUCUCCCUCUACCCUCAUUCUCUAUCUCCUUCGCUCGGGGGGCUGAGAUCGUUCGGUGUUGUGGUUAUGCUGUUUGUGCCCGCAAUUAUCAUAUUUUGUUUUUUUUUCUCUUUUUUAUUAACUUUACUAUUUUAUCGUAAUUUUAAGAUACAAAA